GCAUUUGAAGAAAUCACAUUGUGUGUAAAUAAAGCGAUAGUCUGCAUUUUGGCUUUGAAUUUACUGUGAAAAAAGUUUAAUAACAAUGUCAGAAAAAGCUGGAGCUAAACUUAUGUGUCCGACUGUUCCUCUAUCCAAUGGUCGUCGCAUUCCCAUUUUAGGGUUAGGGACAUCACACUUCGGUGGCUAUUCCCACAAUGCUAUUGUGUACGCUCUGAGGGAGUGUGGUAUUCGUCACAUCGACACAGCCAAACGAUACGGCUGCGAGUCCCAACUGCAGGAGGCCAUCCGGGACAGCGGGCUGGCCCGCGAGGAACUCUGGAUCACCACCAAGCUCUGGCCAGAUGAAUACGGCUACCAGACCACCAAAGAGGCUUGCCUGGAAUCCUGCAGGAGACUCGGGGUGCAAAACCUGGAUUUGUACCUGAUGCACUGGCCUGAUUGUAGGUCUCCUGGAAAAUCGAAUCGGGAGAUGCGAGCUGAAACAUGGAGAGCUUUGGAGGAACUUUACGAUGAAGGAGUCUGCGGGGCCAUCGGAGUGAGCAACUUCCUCAUCCCUCAUCUGGAGCAGCUCAAGGAAGACUGCAAUGUUGUACCGCAUGUCAAUCAGGUUGAGUAUCACCCUUUCUACAGACCACAGGAGCUGGUGGAUUACUGCAAGGCAGAAGGGAUUGUGUUUGAAGGCUACUGUCCCCUGGCUAAGGGAGAGGGUCUCACUCACCCUACCAUAAUUGAGCUCGCAAAGAAGUACAACAGGACCCCAUCCCAGAUCUGCAUCCGCUGGAGCGUACAGAAUGGAGUCGUUACAAUCCCCAAGUCAACCAAAGAAGAAAGAAUAUUGGAAAACUGUCAAGUUUUUGGGUUCUCUCUCCUGAAGGAGGAUAUGGAUUUAAUAAACAAGGUCAAUGUAAACAGAAAGCUGAUUCAUUUCACCUGCUGUUAAUGGAAUUCAACUCUUGGACAUCACCAUUAGCGCCAACACUCGGAACUGCUGAGUCAAAUGAAGACUUGCUGUAAUGAAACACAGAAUGUGUAAAGUGCCAUAAAAGUGCAUUCAUUUUGAAAGUCAGACAUAUCUGCACAACAGCAAAAACAAAAAUCUGAAAAGAUUUCCAGUCUCAGAUUUUCAUUUUACAGUUUUGCACACGUUAUCUUUUUUCACUGUUGUUUUUAUCACUGCCAGGCUAACUGUUUGAAUGAUGAGGUUGUAAGCGAAUGAAUGUCAUAUUUCACCCAUUUCCCUUGGGUUUCCUAAACUAUGAAUGCACACACUAGACCUUACGAUAGUCAGACACUUUUGAUUGAUUCUCAUGUGGAGAGGAGCUCUCCUAGGGAUGGGCUCAGCUGGUGUUCAGGAAAACGCAUCUGUACCUUUUGUUACUGAUUUCAUUUUUUUUAUUGAAAGCAAGCCAUUUAGAAUCCUAUUGCCCUGUUUUGCAAGCAAGAAAACUCAUUUUCAUGGAACAAAGAGAGAAUAAUGUCUUCAAAUCAGUUUGGAAUCAGUAAUGCUGUAUGUAACCAUGGUGAUAACCAUAAGUCAUUAGGCAUGGUUUUCUACAGAGAGAAAAUUGCCCCCAGUGCAAAAAAUAGGCUAUUAUUAUUAUUAUUAUUAUUAUUAUAAAAUAUUAUUAUUAUUAUUAUUAUUAUUAUUAUAUAUAAAUGCUCUUAAAAUAGGAAUUUUAUGUUAUUUUGAUUAGCCAUACCUUAACCUUAAUCUAAUAAUCUUUAACAGUUAAUACUGGUGAAAAUAAGAAAUAUAUUUAGAGAAAAAUACAGUUUUUAUUUCAUGUUUGCAAAAAAUCCUCCAAGGUAUAGCUGUUUAAAAUAACAACCCUAACAGACAACAACCAAAUGCUAGACCCAGGUUAGGGACUUGCAUGUCUAUUUAUUGAGUUGGUCGGGUGGAACAAGUAAAUGCAGCUUUAUACUGUAGGUGUGCGCUCGUAAUAAACUGCAGUAUUAUUUUAAAUGACCCUAAAGAGUGUAUAAACUAGAAUAAACCCAGAAAUGUUUCAUGAAUACCAAACCAAGUUGUUUUUACAUAAAGGAGAUAAAGUGACCUUAUUCAUUAUUAUGUAUUCCGGGAAACCUGCAUAUUUUAUGACACUGAUGUAGUGUUUAUUUAGGGCAGUGUCAGUACUUUUAGUAAUAUGUUGUAAUGUCUGUGUUGCCAUGUCAGCUUUCCAUUUCAGAUACCAUAUGGAACAUAUAGCCUACUGUACACUUUACAGGCCCUCAAGCAUAAUAGAGGACAGGGUGCUGCAUUUUGCUCUUAGAACCCUAGGGAAGCAACACAACUGAACACUCAAGCAGAAUUGACAGAACUGGAGGUACAGAACACACACUAAAAUCCUUCAGAACUGAAGGUUCGGUAAACACACUAAAAUACUUUUUACACUACACAAGACUUGUGCAACCCAGUUUUUCUCAAUGUCUUUCAUGUUGAAACAUGUGUCAUUGAAUUUCAUAAUUGUCUUUUAGUAUUACUACAUAUACCACCAUUGCAUGUUUUAUGUGUAUAAUUGUGAAUGAAAUUCUGUUUUGUAAUGUUGUGCCUUGCACAUCACUGGUGAUAAAUGCUUUCUAAUAUAAAUAGUCAUUAAAAUAAAAGCUGGAACUACUACAAGCCAAAUGUCUGGUCGUUUAGUAAUACUACUCACUCAGUAAUAGUACUCACAAUGGGGACUGAUUCUGAGAUUUAACUAAAACUUAACUUCCAUACAGUAUUCCUGUUGGGUGCACUUUUUACAUUUUUUACUGAAUAUAUUUGUAAUAUUUAGUUUUUAUGGCGCCUAAUACUUGAUUAAUAUUAUAUAUGUCAACGUCCCGAACCCUAACCCUAACCCUAACCCUGAAGAAGUGCUCUGUAAUCUCUUGUAAACAACAGCUAAGAUCCAGUACCAUACAAACUGCACAGAGCAUAGUCAGUAAAAAAACAAAACAAAUAAAAACAGGUCAGUGCAGGAAGGGUCCAUUUGUGUUCAUCUAAUGAACCAAGCCUGGCAUCUUUUUGUACUUUAAUGUCUAACUUCCAUUUUCCUUAAUAGUAGCUCUUUGGUUCUGGCUUUGUGUGCGAGACUUACCUCUAUAUAGAAAUAUACAUUGAAUUAUUAACAAUGAACCACACGGAAUGCUUGCAAGCAUCACACAGAGGUAAGUGGACAGUGAGGGGUUACAACAUUUCAUUUGUAGUAACCCCUUCGUGUUGUGUAGAAUUGCUUAAAUAUUUACCUGGUUGUCAUAUCCCCAUUGGUUUGAUUAUAAUAACCAAUAUCUGAACAGAAAAUUGCCCAAUUAAUUUAUUACAAAGCAGAGAAAAUUCCAUUCCCAAUCUUGAAUGACCUUUUUACUGGGAGCCACACAGUUGAUACUGUAGGUUCUGUUACAGCAUGUUUACUUCCAGUGUGUGUGCAGGCUAUUCAUUUUUUUAUUAUGGUAUGUGGAUACGUAAAAUGUAGGGUCCAGCAAGAGGGUUUAAUACCUUUUUGUAGCCCUUCUGUAUAUUAUCAGAUGUAUUAUUGUAAUCUACACUGAUGUACAGUUUUGUAGUCUAUUUGUUUGUUUUCAAAGCUUUUAAUCCAUUACUGUAAUUAACUCUUGUUUUUAAUGAGAUAAACACCUGUUAAUUUUAACAAACCACUAAGUGAUUUUUCUCCCUUCAAAAGCAGGAGCUUAUUAAAGGCUUUGAAAGUACUCUGU